UCCGGUGUGUUGAUUUCUCCGUAAAGCCCGUGCUGACUCGAGAGUUUCUAGGUACAUGCUCAGUAACUCUGUUAAGUCGCUGUCAUCGUCAAGUUCUGUGCAAGCAUCAAGCUCUCAAGUGUCGACAUCAAGCUCUCAAGUAUCGAUGUCAAGCUCUCAAGUGUCGACGUCAAGCUCUCAAGUGUCAGUCCUUUCCACCAGCACAGCCUCAAAAUCAACAAACACGAGCACCCAGACGGGAAUAAAAUCCGGACCGACAAGCACAUGGAGCUACACCGGAUGUGCUAACGACACCUCGGCCGCCCGAGCUCUCAACGGCCUUUCUAUCACCGGUAGCAGCACCAUGACCGUUGAAUCCUGCCAAGCCUACUGCAUCAGCAAGAACUAUCCCGUAGCGGGUCUAGAAUAUGGCCAGGAAUGCUGGUGCGGUACAGGCUUAUUCCGAAACUCCUCAAUUGGCAAAACAGGUUGCACGAUGGCCUGCACCGGCAACUCAACCGAGAUCUGUGGUGGCUCGGGCCGUCUGAGCGUCUACACUUACAACUUGCCUUACACUCCAUCGGUAAUACCCGCCACCGUCGGCACCUACCGGCUCAAAGGCUGCUAUACCGACGUUAAAGCUACUCGUGGGCUUUCCGCAUACGCUUUCACCAGCGCGACCCUCACAGACGAAUCUUGCGUUGCGAACUGUAAGUCACGGGGAUACAGCUACGCUGGUGUAGAGUACGGUGAUGAAUGUUACUGUGGUAAUACUUUGGCGAGCACUUCUCAGCCGGCGAAUAUCAUGGAUUGUCAGGGUAUGUUCUGUGCAGGUAACUCGACGGAAUUUUGCGGAGCAGGUUUGAGGAUGUUGGUGUAUUCGACUGCGUGAUGUAUGCUGUGCAUGGGGAGCGUUAACGGUCUUUAAAAUCUAGAGGUGAUUCCGAUAUCUUUCAUGUAAUGAUAAUUAUAUAUUCAUAUCUUCAGAAGAUUAGAUAAUGGAAAGCUUAGCAUAUAGUGAUUUAAUUUCAAUUAUAGAAGCCAA